CUUACUGGACCAAUAGCAGAGCUCGUUGUAUUUUGGGAUACGGUGUCACUCAUUUAUAUUUGUUGUAAUCGCAUUGGACUCGCUCAGAACGCCUGCGAACGUGAGUGCAAUUAAGUGUGUAUUCCUGCUAUCACUCAAUGUGUUACCAUUGCGAUUAUUGGACUGUUAGAGUGUGAAACAAGUGAAGUUUGUGUGAAUUGUUCUUUCAAAGUCAUACCCAUUGUGCAAAGGACUUUAAGGGUGCAUUUAACGAUUGCUAGUCAUUUUCAGAAUACUAUUUCCAUAUAGUAGGAUACCACAGUUUUCUUCAGCAAUAAUGUGUUUUUGUUUAACUUGCAUAAUCAAAAACUUUAGCCGCCAUCUUGAAUUUUUUAAAUAUUUGUCAAUCCUUAAAUGGGCGAGAUCUUUGAUCAGUCUAUUUUUAACGUUGGGGCGUAGACCUGCAAUUGUUUUAAUUGAAGAAUCGUUAUUUCAUCAUCGUGACGAACAAACGUCUAAAAAUAGAACACAAUUUCGGUACAACCUGAGAUUUUAUUACGUAACAAUCGCUUCGGUUCUGUAACACCAUUUUCGUGCCAAAUAGUUCAACAAUGCUGAAAAGUUUUGGCAUCGCGCACAAUUUCGUUAGUUGCCACAAAUACUGCGGCUAAAUAUAGACGCGAGGCAUUGCCUACUUAAUUGGGUUAUUAUUUUCGAUUUAGACGUUUUGUUUUGCGCGAAGAAAACUUGAAGGCUCCUAGGGCUGUAUUACGUGUCUCGAUAGCCCACUUCUCGUCCGUUCAACAUGCCAAAACCACAAGCACAAGAGGGGGAUGAUCCCGAUCCAACCCCAUACUUGUUCGUUUCUUUGGAACAGAAACGUAUCGACCAAUCGAAACCCUACGACGCCAAAAAGUCAUGCUGGGUGCCGGACGACAAGGAAGGUUUCUUGCUUGGAGAAAUCAGGGGAACCAAAGGAGACCUUAUCACCGUAGGACUUCCCGGAGGAGAGGAAAAACCAUUCAAAAAAGACCUUGUCACUCAAGUCAAUCCUCCCAAAUAUGAAAAAGCCGAGGAUAUGUCCAACUUGACAUACCUUAAUGACGCCUCCGUUUUGCACAAUUUGAAACAAAGAUACUAUGCUAAGCUCAUCUACACUUAUUCCGGUCUUUUCUGCGUCGCUAUCAACCCCUACAAGCGUUUCCCAGUAUACACCAACCGUUGCGCCAAGUUGUACCGUGGUAAGAGGCGUAAUGAAGUGCCACCCCAUAUUUUCGCCAUUUCUGACGGUGCCUACGUUAACAUGCUCAACAACCACGAAAAUCAAUCUAUGUUGAUUACUGGUGAGUCUGGUGCCGGUAAAACUGAAAACACGAAAAAGGUAAUUGCCUACUUCGCCACCGUUGGUGCCGGAAAGAAGACCGAAGAAGAUAAGAAGAAGGGAUCCUUGGAAGAUCAGGUCGUACAAACUAACCCUGUGCUAGAAGCCUUCGGUAACGCUAAGACCGUGCGUAAUGACAACUCUUCCCGUUUCGGUAAAUUCAUCCGUAUUCACUUCGGCCCCACUGGUAAAUUGGCUGGUGCUGAUAUCGAAACUUACUUGCUUGAAAAGGCUCGUGUCAUCUCCCAACAAACUUUGGAGAGAUCCUACCACAUUUUCUACCAGAUGAUGUCUGGAUCUGUGAAAGGACUUAAAGAAAUGUGUUUGUUAAACCAACCCGUUAGCGAAUAUCACUUUGUCGCACAAGGCAAAACCAGUAUUCCCGGUGUUGAUGACGGUGAAGAAUGUACUUUAACUGACCAAGCUUUCGAUAUCCUUGGUUUCACCCAAGAAGAGAAAAAUGAUAUCUACAAGAUCACCGCCUCUGUUAUGCACAUGGGUUGCAUGAAGUUCAAGCAAAGAGGUCGUGAGGAACAAGCUGAAGCUGACGGUACAGAAGAAGGUGAACGUAUCGCUAAACUUUUGGGUAUCGAUGCCCCUGGCUUGUACCAAGCUUUGUGCAAGCCCAGGAUCAAGGUCGGUAACGAGUUCGUCACCCAAGGUCGUAAUGUCAACCAAGUAUCCUACUCCGUGGGUGCCAUGUCAAAGGCCAUGUUUGACAGAAUCUUCAAGUUUUUGGUUAAGAAGUGUAACGAAACCCUUGACACCAAACAAAAAAGACAACAUUUCAUUGGUGUACUGGAUAUUGCAGGUUUCGAAAUUUUCGACUUCAACGGCUUUGAACAGCUCUGUAUCAACUUUACUAACGAAAAGUUGCAACAAUUCUUUAACCACCACAUGUUCGUUUUGGAACAAGAAGAAUACAAAACUGAAGGUAUCGAAUGGACCUUUAUCGAUUUCGGUAUGGAUUUGGCCGCUUGUAUCGAGUUGAUCGAAAAGCCUAUGGGUAUCUUGUCCAUCCUUGAAGAAGAAUCUAUGUUCCCCAAGGCUACUGAUGCUUCCUUCGUAGAAAAAUUGAACACCAAUCACUUGGGCAAAUCUCCUAACUACCAAAAACCAAAACCACCAAAGCCAGGUCAGCAACCUGCUCACUUCACCCUUGGUCAUUAUGCCGGUAACGUACCAUACAACAUCACUGGUUGGUUGGAGAAGAACAAGGAUCCCCUUAACGACACCGUCGUCGACUUGUACAAGAAGGGUACCAACAAGCUUUUGGUAGAAAUCUUCGCUGACCAUCCAGGUCAAACUGGACCAGCUGAUGCUGGCGGCAAAGGUGGUGGCCGUGGUAAGAAGGGAGGUGGCUUUGCUACUGUAUCUUCUUCCUACAAGGAACAAUUGAACAACUUGAUGACCACAUUGAGGUCCACCCAACCCCAUUUCGUCCGUUGUAUCAUCCCCAACGAAUUGAAACAACCCGGUGUCAUUGACUCUCACUUGGUAAUGCACCAGCUCACCUGUAACGGUGUACUUGAAGGUAUCCGUAUCUGUAGGAAAGGUUUCCCCAACAGGAUGGUGUACCCUGACUUCAAGCUUCGUUAUCAAAUCUUGAACCCAGCUGCCGUCGCCAAGGAAUCCGACCCUAAAAAAUGCGCCGACCUCAUCUUGCAAGCCUCUGGGCUUGACCAAGAAUUAUUCCGUCUCGGUCACACUAAGGUAUUCUUCCGCGCUGGUGUCUUGGGUCAGAUGGAAGAGUUGCGUGACGACCGUCUCGGCAAAAUCGUCACCUGGAUGCAAUCUUGGGUACGUGGUUACCUCUCGAGAAAGGAAUUCAAGAAGUUGCAAGAACAACGUUUGGCCCUCCAAGUGUGCCAAAGGAACUUGCGCAAAUACCUCAAGCUCCGUACCUGGCCAUGGUACAAGUUGUGGCAAAAAGUCAAGCCCCUCCUCAACGUCACCCGUGUCGAGGAUGAAAUUGCCAAACUCGAAGAGAAAGCAGCUAAAGCCGUCGAAGCUUUGGAACGUGAAACCAAAGCCAAGAAAGAACUGGAAGGUCUUUACGCCAAACUUUUGGCUGAAAAGACUGAACUUCUCAACUCUUUGGAAGGCGAGAAGGGAUCUCUCUCCGAAACCCAAGAAAGGGCCAACAAACUCCAAGCUCAAAAGAACGAUCUUGAAUCUCAAUUAUCUGAAGUCCAAGAUCGUUUGAGCCAAGAGGAAGAUGCCCGCAACCAGCUCAUGCAACAAAAGAAGAAAUUGGAGCAGGAACUCAAUGGCUACAAGAAGGAUAUGGAAGAUUUGGAACUUAACUUCCAGAAAUCCGAGCAAGACAAGGCCACCAAGGACCACCAAAUCAGGAACUUGAACGACGAGAUCGCCCACCAAGACGAACUCAUCAACAAGUUGAACAAGGAGAAGAAACUCUCCGGCGAGAACAACCAGAAGGUCGCCGAAGAACUCCAAGCCGCCGAAGACAAGGUCAACCACUUGAACAAGGUUAAGGCUAAGUUGGAACAAACUCUCGACGAAUUGGAAGACUCCUUGGAACGCGAGAAGAAACUUCGCGGUGAUGUUGAGAAGUCCAAGAGGAAGAUCGAAGGUGACUUGAAACUCACCCAAGAGGCCGUCGCCGAUCUUGAACGCAACAAGAAGGAGUUGGAACAAACAAUCCAACGCAAGGACAAGGAAAUUUCCUCCUUGAACGCCAAAUUGGAGGACGAACAAUCAGUCGUUGGCAAACAACAAAAGCAAGUCAAGGAACUCCAAGCCCGCAUCGAAGAAUUGGAAGAGGAAGUCGAGGCUGAAAGACAAGCCCGCUCCAAGGCCGAAUCUCAACGCGCUGGAUUGGCCCGCGAAUUGGAAGAACUUGGCGAACGUCUCGAAGAAGCUGGCGGUGCCACCUCCGCUCAGAUCGAGCUCAACAAGAAACGUGAAGCCGAACUCGCCAAAUUGCGUCGUGACCUCGAAGAAUCCAACAUCCAACACGAAGGUACCCUCGCCAAUCUCCGCAAGAAGCACAAUGACGCCGUUUCCGAAAUGGGAGAGCAGAUCGACCAACUCAACAAACUCAAGGCUAAGGCUGAAAAGGACAAGGCUCAAUACUUUGGUGAACUCAAUGACCUCCGUGCCUCCGUUGACCAUUUGGCUAACGAAAAGGCCGCCAUUGAAAAGGUUUCCAAACAAUUGCAACAACAACUCAACGACACCCAAGGCAAACUCGACGAAACCAACCGCACUCUCAACGACUUCGACGCAUCAAAGAAGAAGCUUUCCAUCGAAAACUCCGACCUCCUCAGGCAAUUGGAGGAAGCCGAAUCCCAAGUUUCUCAACUCAGCAAGAUCAAGGUAUCUCUCACCACCCAAUUGGAAGACACCAAGAGGUUGGCCGAUGAGGAAGGUCGCGAGCGCGCUACCCUUCUCGGCAAGUUCCGCAACUUGGAACACGACUUGGACAACAUCCGCGAACAAGUCGAAGAAGAAGCCGAAGCCAAGGCUGACAUCCAACGUCAACUCAGCAAAGCUAACGCCGAAGCCCAAUUGUGGCGCCAGAAAUACGAAUCUGAAGGUGUCGCCCGCUCCGAAGAGCUCGAAGAAGCCAAGAGGAAGCUCCAAGCUCGUUUGGCUGAAGCCGAAGAAACAAUCGAAUCUCUCAACCAAAAGGUUGUUGCUCUCGAAAAGACCAAGCAACGUUUGGCCACCGAAGUCGAAGACUUGCAACUCGAGGUCGACCGUGCUACUGCCAUUGCCAACGCCGCCGAAAAGAAACAAAAGGCAUUCGACAAGAUCAUUGGAGAAUGGAAACUCAAGGUUGACGACCUUGCCGCUGAACUCGACGCCAGCCAGAAGGAAUGCCGCAACUACUCCACCGAGUUGUUCAGACUCAAGGGAGCCUACGAAGAAGGACAAGAACAAUUGGAAGCCGUCCGCCGUGAAAACAAGAACUUGGCCGAUGAAGUCAAGGAUCUCCUUGACCAAAUUGGUGAAGGUGGCCGCAACAUCCACGAAAUCGAAAAGGCAAGAAAACGCUUGGAAGCCGAGAAAGACGAACUCCAAGCUGCCCUCGAAGAAGCCGAAGCCGCUUUGGAACAAGAAGAAAACAAAGUACUUCGCGCUCAACUUGAACUUUCUCAAGUCCGUCAAGAAAUUGACCGCAGAAUCCAAGAGAAAGAAGAAGAAUUCGAAAACACCCGCAAGAACCACCAACGCGCCCUCGACUCCAUGCAAGCUUCCCUCGAAGCCGAAGCCAAGGGUAAAGCUGAGGCUCUUCGCAUGAAGAAGAAGUUGGAAGCCGACAUCAACGAAUUGGAAAUCGCUUUGGACCACGCCAACAAGGCUAACGCUGAGGCCCAAAAGACCAUCAAACGCUACCAACAACAACUUAAGGACACCCAAACCGCCCUUGAAGAGGAACAACGCGCUCGUGACGAAGCCCGCGAACAACUCGGAAUCUCCGAACGUCGCGCCAACGCUCUCCAAAACGAGUUGGAAGAAUCCCGCACCCUCUUGGAACAAGCCGACCGCGCUCGUCGCCAAGCCGAACAAGAAUUGGGAGACGCCCACGAACAACUCAACGACCUCUCCGCCCAAAACGCUUCCUUGUCCGCCUCCAAGAGGAAGUUGGAAUCCGAACUCCAAACCCUCCACUCUGACCUCGAUGAGCUCCUCAACGAGGCCAAGAACUCCGAAGAGAAGGCCAAGAAGGCUAUGGUUGAUGCUGCUCGUUUAGCCGACGAACUCCGCGCCGAACAAGACCACGCCCAAACCCAGGAAAAACUCCGCAAGGCCCUCGAAACCCAAAUCAAGGACCUCCAAGUCCGUCUCGAUGAGGCCGAAGCCAACGCCCUCAAGGGAGGCAAGAAGGCCAUCGCCAAGUUGGAACAACGCGUAAGAGAGUUGGAAAACGAAUUGGACGGCGAACAAAGAAGACACGCCGACGCCCAGAAGAACUUGAGGAAAUCAGAACGUCGCAUCAAGGAGUUGAGCUUCCAAGCCGAAGAAGACCGCAAGAACCACGAACGUAUGCAAGACCUGGUCGACAAACUCCAACAAAAGAUCAAGACCUACAAGAGGCAGAUCGAGGAAGCCGAAGAAAUCGCCGCCCUCAACUUGGCCAAAUUCCGCAAGGCCCAACAAGAAUUGGAGGAAGCCGAAGAACGCGCCGACCUCGCUGAACAAGCCAUCGCCAAAUUCCGCGCGAAGGGACGUGCUGGAUCCACUGCCAGAGGAGUCAGCCCAGCUCCAUCAACAGCAUCUCAGGCACCAAAACAACGGAUUGCUGUCUCAAUCGAGUAAUGCAUAAAGACUUGUAAGUGAGGGCAAACCCCUCUUCUUGUAAAUAGAAACCUUAUGUUGUAUCUGUCGGAAAAUUGUACAACAUGUAAUUCGUAAACGAUUUGUAUUAUAGUAAACUGUUUCAUGUAGAUUUUCAACAGUAUACCGCUCAAAAGCACACUGUAGUGUAGUGUUCUAAUACUUUCGUCUGAUAUGUUAAGUAAUGUCCUUUAUGAUAUAUUCUAGCGUUAACGUCAACUCAAAAGCAUUCUUACAAUGUAAGUAAGUCCAGUUUACAUCCAGAUAGUCCAGUGACUAGCAUGUAACAUCUAACGAAUUAGAUCUCCUUUAAUCUAAGAAUGCUUAUUUAAUCAUAAGCGUAAUAAGAUAACCCCCUUACAAAUACCUACGGUAAAGACAGGGAAGAAGGGGUAAACAUAUUAUCUUAAACAUUGUUUUAAUGUAUUCUUUUUAUCUUUUCUAGCCACCAAGGCAGCGCCCAACCUCCGACGGCAUGACCUUCCCACCCAGGUUUGACCUAGGCGAUGACUUCUAAAAAGUUAGCGCUGUGUUUAGAUAUAUAUUUUACGAACAUUCUGCGCGGUGAUGCCAACCGAACCGCGUGACUUUUAAUUUACACACAUUUAUUUAUUUAUUUUUUAUUUUUGUUUUUGAGGUUUAGAAUUGUAUUUUGAAUGAUUCCGUAAUCCAAAUAUGCGUAAAGAGAACGCAGAGGAUUUUAGGGUAGAGAGACACGUAACUUCCAUCAAUAUUCAGCCCUGGUUUUUCUGUGUUCUCAAAAUGCCAACUGUAUUUUAUAAAUAGGAUCUAAAAUGUAUUGUAUGUGUGACAUGUAUGGCUUAAGGCACCAAUAAACAAAUUAUAUCGUUAUUGUAUUUAUUUUUCAUUAUCGUGUUCUUUUUCCUUUCACAAAUCAUUCUUUAUAAACUCUACUGUACUUAUUUUGUUGUUUAUUGUUAAUAUUUUAUUGUUUAAUAAAUAUAAUAUAUAUACAUA